GGGCAGGGGUGAUCCUGGGCAUAGGAUCUGGUCUGACCUACCAGACCCUGCCCAUGGACAGCCAAGCUCUGGGCAGCAGAACGGGGCACAUCCCUGUGAGGGAGACCUGGGAGUCAGGGCUCCUGGGGAGACUCGGGGUACUGAGCACAUACUGGGGGGCUCAACCCUGAGGAGAGCCAUGUAGGUUCCUGGAUACGCAGCUCUGAGUGUGGGGAGACGCGGAUGAUCUUUGGGCUUCGGGUAACCGGGCUUGCGUCCAGGGCAUGGACCCCGACCUCACCCCCACCUGCAAGGCUGGCGUGCCCACCAUGGAGAAAUACCACGUGCUGGAGAUGAUUGGAGAGGGCUCCUUCGGGAGGGUGUACAAGGGGCGCCGGAAAUAUAGCGCUCAGUGGUGGGUGCGGGCAUACAGCUCCCAGCUUUGUCUGCUUUGGCAGGUGGUGGCGCUGAAGUUCAUCCCCAAAGUCGGGCGAUCGGAGAAGGAGCUGAAGAACCUGCAGCGGGAAAUUGAGAUCAUGAGGGGGCUGCACCACCCCAACAUCGUCCAGAUGCUCGACAGCUUUGAGACGGACAAGGAGGUGGUGGUGGUGACGGACUACGCGGAGGGGGAGCUUUUCCAGAUCCUGGAGGAUGAUGGGAAUCUGCCAGAGGACCAGGUUCAGGACAUCGCCUCCCAGCUGGUCUCCGCCCUCUAUUACCUCCACUCCCACCGGAUCCUGCACCGCGACAUGAAGCCCCAGAACAUCCUGCUGGGCAAAGGGGGCAUCGUCAAGCUCUGUGACUUCGGGUUCGCUCGCGCCAUGAGCAUCAACACCAUGGUGCUGACGUCCAUCAAGGGCACCCCGCUGUACAUGUCCCCCGAGCUGGUGCAGGAGAAGCCCUACGACCACACGGCCGACCUGUGGUCUGUGGGCUGCAUUCUGUACGAGCUGUUCGUGGGGACGCCGCCCUUCUACACCAACAGCAUCUUCCAGCUGGUCAGCCUCAUCGUCAAGGACCCCAUCAAGUGGCCCAAAACCAUGAGCCCUUCGUUCAAGAGCUUCCUGCAAGGCCUGUUGAUGAAGGACCCUCGCCAGCGCCUGUCGUGGCCGGAGCUCCUGUGCCAUCCCUUCAUCGCUGGACGGGUCACCAUGAUCGAUGACAUGGAGCAACACGGGAUCGCGAACCCCUUCACCAGCAAGCUGCCCCCGGAGCUGCAGGUGCUGAAGGAGAAGCAGGCUCACUCGCUGGCCCCCAGGAGCGGCCAGUCCAAGAUCCUGAGGAAGGCGCGGCAGAAGAUGGCUGAGGCGGCCCGGAAGAAGGAGCAGCUGAAGGCAGACGCGCCGUCUAACAAGGAGGCAGCCAGAGGAGGUCUGGGACACAAACCCAAACCAGCCCCUGGGAAGGCAGCUCUCAGGGAGGGGGAGCAGGCAGCCCGCGCUCCGGGCUCCCCUCCUGGAGACGAGAACCAAGCCGUCCUGGGAGAAGAGCCCCAGGCCGAGUGGGAGACAACGGAGCCUCCCCCGACGCCGCGGGAGCACCGGAUCACACAGGAUUACGAGCGGGAGUUUCCGGAGGUGGAGAUGGGGGCUCCCAUGCCAGCGGGGGGCAGCGAGGCGGGGCCACGCGGCAGGCGCAGCAUCGAGACCGUGGACCUGGAGAACGAGGAACUGGAUAGUGACGACGAAUGGCAGCAUCUGAUCGAGGCCACGGAACCCGCCACCAUGCAGCUGAGCACGCCCCUGAGCCUUCUGGGGGACCCGGCCUUCCUGCGGCGCAUCCGGGCCCGGCUCCAGCACUCCAGCCAGCAGGUGCUGGAGGGGAUGUUGGAGGGAGCGUCUCAUCUCCGCCCUGCCCUCCGCGUCCUGGGCAACCUGCUCGCCACCAGGUGUGACUCAGAGCUUCUGUACAGCUUCUGCCAGGCCGCGGAUUUACCUCACUUCCUGCUGCACCUGCUCGGGCAAAUCCUGCAGAGCGCCAGCAGCAAGCAGCAGCCCUGGUGCAUCACGCUGCUGACGGACCUGGUUGGCGUGACAGCGGCCUAUUUCGCCAGUGAGUCCCACCUGCAGCGGAGCCGGAGGAGAAGCAUGCAGGUUUUCCACGAGGCGGCUGCCGGCUUCCUCUCCCUGCUCCCCCAGCUGCUGGCCCAGCCGACGGAUGUCGAGACAAGGCUCCGCGAGCAGAGCAGCAUGUGCUUCGCCUGGCUCUGUGAGGGCAUGGACAGCAGCAGCCCCUGUGUGUCGGGCCCCUUCUACGCCAGCCUGCUCGCCAAGCAGCGCCCCGUGCUGGAUGCACUCCUCCAGGGGGCCACCCUGGAGCAGCCCGCUCCAGAAGAGCCAGCGAGGGAGGCGAAAGCCGUGCGGGAGCAGCGGGAGCGUGGGGCAGAUGUCUUCACAGCAGCAUUGGCCGCAGUCUGCAGCCUCCCCGUGGGGCGGAACGGGUGCCAGGAGGCCAAAAAGCAGGUGGCCCAGCAGGUGGCUGAGAAACUGGAGGAAAACAGCUGGCUGUUAGUGACGCUGCUGGCGGGACUCGAGCGCCCGGCUUGCUCCCUGAACGUGCUGAGGGUAACGGGUCCCCGGGCUGACCCCGCCGUGCCUCCAUUGCCCCUUGGUGGGCUUCCGUGGGGCCAAUGGGAUGGGGCUGUCUUGUACUCCUGCGGCCAAGCCAGUAAAAGCCUAUGCCGGCUCCUGGCAAAGGGGCAGCAAGUGCCGAGCUCCCUGGCCCGGCUGGUGAAGGGCGAGGUCCCGAUGGGAGAGCGGCUGCGGGUGCAAGCCUGCGAGGCGUCGCUGCACCUGCUGUCCCUGCUCACCCUCCAGCUGCAGGCUCUCCCUCCCCGGGUGGACCUGGUGGUGAGUGCCACCGCCGAGCUCUUCACCCAAUCGGCUGUCGUCUCCCUUGUGAGCGCCGCGGGAUUCCUGCUGGCUCAGCUCGGCCAGCACGGGGCAGCCAUCGAGGUGGGGUGCGAGGAGGCCAUGUCGGCCAUGACAAAUGCACUCACUGCGCCUGCCGAGCUGCACCUGCCCCCACCCAUGGGCACCGGCCUCUACGAUGGAUUCCUGCUUCUCCUGCUGCAGCUCCUCGCCCAGGGCAACACGGUGACAGUGCGCGGGUUUGCCGGCUCGGAGCUAUGGAACGUCGCCUGGCACCGUUUCGCCAUGAUGCUCCGCUUGGCCGCCGCUGAGCCGGUGAUGGAGGGUGAGACGCCGCGGCCAGGCCAGCCCACUCCGGAGCCAGACUGGACCCUCAUCUCCCCUCAAGGCACCGCGCUCUUCCUCAGCCUGGCCCUCUUCGUCUUCACCCGAGAGCCUCACCAGUGCCUUCCUCAGCUCGCCCACCCCGACAGCGUCAUCAUGGCGACCUUCCCCAAGCUGCUGUCCCUCGACUUCCUGGGUCACCUGGCGCAGACGCAGGUGGGGGAGGACGGUGAUCCCGAGCUGGUCUCAGCUGUGGUGCUCCAGGCCUGCCAGCUGCUCUGCUUCCCCUUCUCCUUGGACGUGGACACUGAGACCUUCAGGUGGGUCAUGAAGGCCCUGAGAGACGCCGAGAUCCCCGCCCAUCUCCUCCAGGUCUGCUGCCACCAUCUGCCCUUCUCGGAGACCACGCUUCCCAUGAGCCUCCUGUGCCACCUCGUCCUGUCCGACCAGCGGGUCAUCGACCAGUUGGUGGGGGUGGCUGCUGUCUCGGACUGUGCCACUGCCUUCCUGUCGGCCAUCUUGCUUUCGGACAGCCCUCCCCUCACGAUGGACCUCCUGUCCCUCCUGACCCACGUGGCCCGGACCUGUCCCGCUCACCUGCCUUUCCUCCAGAAGGUUCUGGGCGGCUCGGACUCAGCCUACCAGCUGCUGAGCCGCCUGCUGUGCCACCAGGAGCACCCGAUACGCGCCAAGGCCUGCAGCCUGGUGGGCAACCUGCUGCGGCACGGCCAGGACUUCCCCCGGGCGCUGCGGAGCCAGGCGGGCCUGCUGGAGCGUCUGCUGGAGCGCCUGUCGGACCAGGACGAGAGCGUGCGCAGGUCGGCCAGCUUCGCGGUGGGCAACGCUGCCUAUCAGGACGGCGCCCUCCCGCACGCCCUGGGGAAAGCCGUGCCCAGCGUGGUGAGGCUUUUGAGUGACCCCCAGGCCAAAACCCGGUGUAAUGCUGCCUCCGCUCUGGGGAACUUGGGCAGGCAGCCAGCGGACCUGGGGGACGUGCUGAUCCAGAACAGAGCCCCCCAUCUCCUGCUGGACGUGGCCUGCCACGACUCCCAGCCAGCUGUGCAGGAGGCAGCACUGAUCGCACUGCGGUCCAUCAGCCAGCAGCCAAAGAUACACCAGGUGCUCCUGUCUCUGAAGGCCAGCGAGAAGCUGCUCGCACUUUCCGUCAGCGAAGCUCAGACCAGUUCCUAUGGGAGCCCCCGACCGUCUUCAGCUCAUCACUGCAAGAAGCUCAUCCACCUUCUGCACCCAACACACAGUGCCUGAGAACAGCAGGUCUCUGCCCUGGGAGAGACCGUUCCACUCGCCUCUUGAGUGCCCGAAUACAGGGGACACUCCCGUACUCUGUCUACAAACAGGGGCCACCACCCCCAUCUCCUGAGACCAACGCAGUGCCUGAGCUUGGCAGGUCCCC